UCUCCCCGCCGGGUAGGAAGCUGCACAGGCAGGAAGCAGCAGUUGUGCAAACCAUGCCUGGUCCACGGAGCAGUAGUCCUUGUGCCAGAAAGGGUCUCAUUCUUGGGGCUUUUGCCAGCGAUCGGGAAGAUGAAGCUUCUCAGCUGUCUGAUGCGGGAGAGGCUUUUGACAGACGGGUCAGUGGAAAGCUGAAGGAGUUGCUGGCCAUUUCUGGGCCACCUCUGAAGAAGGGGAAGACGCGCAUCUUUCAUGGUUUGCAUCAGGACUUUCCAAGCAUAGUAGUUGUUGGCCUGGGAAAGAAAGCAGUGGGAGUGAACAUACACGAAAACUGGGAUGAAGGCAAGGAAAAUAUACGGGCAGCUGUAGCAGCUGGAUGCAGGCAGCUGCGGGACCUAGAAGUCCCUUGUGUGGAAGUGGAUCCUUGUGGAGAUGCUCAGGCUGCAGCUGAAGGUGCUGCGCUUGGCAUCUUUGAAUAUGAUGAACUGAAGGAGAAAAAGAAGCCCAGCCUUGGAAUUCAGCUGCAUGGCAGGUAACCGAGACAUCACCUUUGU